AUGCAUCCUACACCCAUCGUAGGAAGUGCGAGGAGCGACAGCGGACAAAUUGAAAUUAAUGACCAAGUAGAAGGAUUGCAGUACCUGGCCUCCCGAUACGAAUUCAUUGAUUUGGACCGCGUUGGUAUUCACGGCUGGUCUUACGGGGGAUACCUUUCCCUCAUGGCGUUGUUGCAGAAGCCGGACAUCUUCAAGGUGGCUGUCGCCGGGGCCCCGGUUACGUUGUGGCUGUUCUAUGACACGGGAUACACCGAACGCUACAUGGGUCACCCAGAUCAGAACGAGCAAGGUUAUUACCUGGGCUCUGUGGCGAUGCAAGCGAAUAAGUUUCCUUCCGAGCCCAACCGGCUGUUGCUGCUUCACGGAUUCCUGGAUGAAAACGUCCACUUUGCGCACUCAAGCAUCUUGCUGAGUUUCCUGGUGAGAGCCGGGAAGCCGUACGAUCUGCAGAUUUACCCUCAGGAGCGACACAGCAUCCGGGUUCCCGAAUCAGGAGAGCACUAUGAACUUCACCUGUUGUACUACCUUCAAGAGAACCUGGGGUCCCGCAUGGCUACACUGAAGGCGAUGCAGUGACACUCUCCCCUCCCGUCGUCCCCCCCCCCCCCCCGAGGAGCUGCGGGCGCAGACACCCCUUCAGCGGCUUCACCGAACGCAGCACCUGAGACCAGCCCGUCCCCACCCGGUGCCGAUGAAUCAAACCCCUCACACUGCCUUGCUAUCUUCUUGAUUUUUAAAAGUCCGACCGGUGCCAUAUGAGGAGACGCCCGUACAGCAGCCUCGAUAAUUUUAAAUGUAAAUAAUAAUAAAGUAACUGUCUGUGCUGCCUAGG